CCAGAACAUCGUCGGGUUAGAUGGCCCCAAGCUAACAAGGAGCAGGAGUGGCGCCAGUUUGAUGAGGACACCAAUUCCAUCUUGGAAGCAACAGCUAAGGGGGGAGUCGAUCGACGUCUCACAACCAUGACCACCAUCAUCAUCAGCCUAGCAGCUGAGAGAUUCGGCCUGGAGGAGAAGAAAGUGACGAAACUCCCGUAUACCAAGAGCAACAGGGCAAACAAGAUCCACCAGCUCAGACAGGAGUUGAAGGUCCUGACGCGGCGGUUUAAGGAGGCAAGAGAGGAGGAGAGGGGACCUCUGUCUGACUUGCGGAACAUACUGCGCAAGAAGCUCAUGACCUUGAGGAGGGCUGAGUGGCAUAGGAGAAGGAGGAAGGAAAGAGCCAGGAAACGCACUGCCUUUCUAGCGAAUCCAUUCGGGUUUACAAAACAGCUGCUGGGGCAGAAGCGUAGUGGCCAACCUACCUGUUCCAAAGCAGAGAUUGACCGUCACCUGGAUGCAACCUAUCAAGAUGCUUCCAGGGAGCAAGAGCUUGGCGACUGCCAUUCCCUGAUUGUCCCACCUGCACCAACACUGGACUUCGAUGGGAGGGAGCCCAGCUGGAAGGAGAUCCAGGAAGUGGUCAAGAAGGCAAGAUCAAGCUCAGCCCCAGGACCGAGCGGGGUACCUUACAAGGUAUACAAGAACUGCCCAAAGUUACUCCACAGGCUCUGGAGCAUCUUGAAGGUGAUCUGGAGGAGGGGAAAGGUUGCUGACCAGUGGCGUUUUGCAGAAGGUGUUUGGAUUCCGAAGGAGGAAGAGUCUAAAAACAUCGAUCAGUUCAGAACCAUCUCCCUGCUCAGUGUUGAAGGCAAGCUAUUCUUCAGCAUUGUUGCCAGGCGUCUGACAGACUACCUCCUGAGGAACGCCUACAUCGACACUUCAGUCCAGAAAGGAGGGAUCCCAAAGAUACCAGGGUGUCUGGAGCAUAAUGGAGUUGUCACCCAGCUGAUUAGGGAAGCCAGAGAGAACAAGGGCGACCUAGUCGUACUGUGGCUGGACCUCGCAAACGCCUACGGGUCCAUACCUCAAAAGCUCGUCGAAGAGGCAUUACGCCGGCAUCAUGUCCCCGUCAAGUUCAGAGACCUCAUUCUGGACUAUUACAGCAGGUUCAGUCUGAGGGUCUCAGCGGGUUCCUCAACAUCGGACUGGCAUAAGCUGGAGAAGGGAAUCAUUACUGGAUGCACAAUUUCAGUAAUCCUCUUCGCACUUGCCAUGAACAUGCUGGCGAAGUCUGCUGAGGUUCAGUGCAGAGGGCCUCUCACCAAGUCCGGCAUCAGGCAGCCGCCCAUCAGGGCCUUCAUGGACGACCUGACUGUGACGACACCGAACGUCCCAGGGGGGAGGUGGAUCCUGAAGGGCCUGGAGGAACUAACCAGCUGGGCCCGCAUGACCUUCAAGCCUGCAAAAUCCAGAUCCCUCGUGCUGAAGAAAGGAAAGGUCACCAACAAGUUCCACUUCUCACUUGGCAGCAUCCAGAUACCGUCCAUCACCGACAAACCAGUGAAGAGCCUGGGGAAGGUGUUUCAUUGCAGCUUGAAGGACAAGGCAGCCAUCCACGCGACCAACCAGGAGCUGGAGGCUUGGCUAGCCACCGUGGACAAGUCAGGUCUACCAGGCAAGUUCAAGGCCUGGGUGUACCAACAUGGCAUCCUCCCAAGGAUCCUCUGGCCCCUCUUGGUGUACGAGGUCCCGAUCUCCACUGUUGAGGGAUUUGAAAGGAGAGUCAGCAGGUUCCUGCGGAAGUGGCUGGGCUUACCCCGGAGCCUGAGCAGCAUCGCCCUGUAUGGGAAAAACAACAUGCUGAAGCUCCCCAUCAGCAGCCUGAAUGAAGAAUUCAAGGUGAGCCGUACUAGGGAGGUGCUGCAAUACAGAGAAUCAUCUGACCCAAAAGUCUCUCAAGCUGGGAUAGAAGUCAGAACGGGGCGGAAAUGGAAGGCAGCAGAGGCCGUGGAUGUUGCUGAAUCACGGCUGCGGCAUAGGGCUCUGGUUGGGACAGUGGCUCGGGGAAGGGCAGGCCUGGGUAGCAGUACAACACCUCGCUACGACAAGGCAGAGGGGAAGGACAGGAGAGCAUUGCUCCAGGAAGAGGUGCGGGCAGCAGUGGAAGAAGAGCGAGCCAGCACGAUGGUUGGAAUGCGGCAGCAGGGAGCCUGGACGCGGUGGGAGCAGGCAGCAGAGCGCAAAGUCACUUGGACUGAGCUGUGGAGAGCCGAGCCCCAGCGCCUAAAAUUCCUGAUCCAGGCCGUCUAUGACGUGCUGCCAAGCCCAUCUAACCUGUUCUGUUGGGGGAAGGUGGAGUCACCGGCUUGCGCUUUGUGCCAGAAGAGAGGGACCCUGGAGCACAUCUUGAGCUGCUGCCCGAGAGGCCUGAGCGAGGGGCGCUACCGCUGGCGUCAUGACCAGGUCUUGAAGGCUAUAGCAAACACCAUCUGCAGCGGAAUUGCCCACUGCAAGCGCCUCCGCCCAGAGAAGAAGGCCAUCUCCUUCAUCAGAGCUGGAGAAGAACCACCAGCUGUUGCCAGGACCUCCUCCUCUGGCCUGCUAUCAAUGGCACAAGACUGGGAGCUGAAGGUUGAUUUGGGGAAACAAUUAAAGUUCCCGGACAACGUGGCCAUAACAUCACUAAGGCCAGAUGUGGUGCUGACCUCAGCAACCUCCAAGCAGGUCGUGCUCCUGGAGCUAACAGUCCCUUGGGAAGACCGCAUCGAGGAGGCCAAUGAGAGGAAGAGGGCUAAAUACCAGGCUCUGGUAGAGGAGUGUCGGCUCAACGGGUGGCGAGCAAGAUGUGAGCCCAUUGAGGUGGGAUGCAGAGGGUUCGCAGGCCAGUCCCUCUGCAGGGCCUACAGUAUGCUGGGCAUCACCGGGGCCAGUAAGAGAAGGGCCAUCAAGGAGGCCACAGAGGCAGCAGAGGUUGCCUCACGUUGGCUGUGGAUCAGGAGAGGAGAUCCGUGGGUAGGGUAGCGCUACCUGGACACAAGCU